AUGAGUAAUGCAAACUUAUGGAAUAAUAUGGAUUGUGGGUUCAAGGAAAAGUGGCGAGAAAUUGUUAAUAAUUUGCAGACAGAUGAGAUUUACUACAUAAACAAGAGGAACAGUAUGAAAGCUAAAGAAGAUCCAAUAACAAUAGAGAAUUAUUAUUAUUAUUCAGAAACAGAUAUCUCAAACGACAAUGAAGAAUCGUCCUCUAAGUCUGAGUCUGAGUCAUCCAUUCCUCCUCCUCCUCCUAGCUGUUUCAUGGUACCUAAACAGGUCCAACAGUGCCCCAAAUGUUGUGGUCAACUUCUCCAUUUUGAUCCAUCUCCAAAUGGAUUUCUAUGAACGAUCACUUUAUUAUUAUCACUCAUUAUUCUGUUGUUAUUACUAUUACUAUUAUUAUU